AUGUCGGACCUCAAGUCCAUCGUCCCGCUGCUCCACAACGCUUUGGAGCACAAGCAGCUCGAUGCCGCCAACGAUCUGCUCAGCAAAGCCAAGCGCGCUCUUCUCACCCAGAACGCUCUUAUCCCGACUCCCUCGACACAGCCUCAGCUUGUCGCCCUUGCACGACAGGUGCUUGAGCUUGGCGCCAUCGCUUCCAUCCGUCAGACCGACGCCCAGACCUUCACAAGAUAUUACCAGCAACUGCAACCUUUCUACGACCUUGAGCGACAUGCCGGUGUACGAGGCCAGAGCUCCCCUGAUAUCGAUAUCACUAGCAGCCAGCGCAGCAAGAUUACAGGCCUUUACCUGCUGCUUCUCUUGAGCAUGGGUGAUAGCGCCAACUUCCACACUGUUUUGGAAGGGUUGGUGGAGGAGGCUAGCUUGAAGGGUAGCCGCGUUGAGGAUGAUGCAUACAUCAAGUACCCGGUGGAGCUUGAACGAAACCUAAUGGAAGGAAGCUACGAUAAGGUGUGGCGGGAGACUAAGUCGGAGCGCGUGCCGUCGGAGGACUUUGGACUGUUUUCUAACGUUCUCAUUGGUACCAUCCGCAACGAGAUCGCCGGCUGCUCCGAGAAGGCGUACCCGUCCCUUCCUAUCUCCAACGCCAAGAACCUCCUCUUCCUCGAGUCCGAGGGCGCUGUCAUCGAAUUCGCCCAACAGCGUGGCUGGAUCCUCCGUGAUGGGCGGAUACACUUCCCCGUCGAGCCUGAAGCGUCUACGAGGUCUGAAAAGGACAUCCUGGUGGAAAGUGGCACUGUCAUUGAGAACACGCUUGGAUAUGCUCGGGAGCUGGAGACGAUCGUUUAA